CGCGCUGCCGCUCGUUUCCCGUUAUUUUUCCCGUUAUCUUUUCCCGUUAUUAUCUCUCGUUCCCUUUACCCCGCCCUGCCGAGGAGCAAAAUCCCCUCCCUCGGGAGCUGCGCGGGGCCGAGACAAGGCGGAAGCGCGGCGGGCGGGGGCGUGGCCGUCCCUGUGACCCGCGCCCACGUGUUCGGCGGCGCACGCGGAGCCGCCACCAUGGAGCAGCCCAGCCCCUCUGGAGGCAGCCAGGAGCUCUCAGAGAGCGAGGAGAGCGUUUAUUCCGGCCUGGAGGAUUCGGGAAGCGACAGCGAAUCCUCUGGGAAUGAGGAGGAGGAGGAGCACGAGGAGGAAGAGGAGGAGGACGAUGAGGAAGAAGCCCCUGGGAGCCCCUCAGCUCCUCAGACCCAGGCCCAAGGGGCUCCUGGGAAGAGGAAAGCCUUGGAAGAUGAUUCCCCCUUGGAAGGGAAGCAGGAUUUGGUCGUCCACGACGAGUACGAGGAGGACAGCUCGGAUGAGGAGGACAUCCGGAACACGGUGGGGAACAUUCCCAUGGAAUGGUACCAGGAUUUCCCGCACAUCGGCUACGACCUGGACGGGAAGAAGAUCUACAAACCCCUGAGGAGCAAGGACGAGCUGGACCUGUUCCUGGAGAAGAUGGAAAACCCGGAAUACUGGCGCACGGUGCAGGACCCGCAGACGGGGGCCGAUGUGCGUCUGUCGGAGGAGCAGCUGGCGCUGGUGCAGCGCCUGCAGCGGGGGCACUUUGGGGACGUCGCCUUCGACCCCUACGAG